GUAUUUUGAAUAUAUUUGAAAUACUCAUGUACUUUUAUUUUGACAUUCCGAAAACCGGAAGUAAGCCCCGUAACCAAAGCGCAGGGACCAAGCGCACAUGUAGCGAUUCAUGCUAGUUUAAUUCUUUAUACUCCCUGUUUCAACUGCGUAUAAGUUUAAGUAUAUUUGACUUUGAAGAUUGCUUCUGGGAAAUGACUCUGCCGUUGGUUGAGAAGCAGGCUAAAGUGUUCUACGGUGUUAAAGUGUUAAUAAACAUCUGUGUAUGGAACCGGAGUCUCGCAUUCAAUCGAUGGGCGGCAUAGUAGAACACUACUGCAACGGUAAAGGCUCUGAGCGGACGAAUACGGGCUGGCUGCGACCGCGUGCGGUAAACGAGAGGUCAACUUGUGAAUGGUUCGUGUGAAUCCAAAGGGGCAAGUGGACAAGGCUACACAAGCAAGCACGUCGAAAGGAGUGUGUCGAAAGUAGCGCAAGUACUGCCAUGAUAGCACACGGACGUUUCAUUUGUGUUUUUUCCUCUUAAAUCAGCAGUCGUCAUUAUUUUGUGCUGCAGUUUGAUUAUCUAGUAAGAAACAAAGAAACUUAGCAGAUAUGUAAAUGAACCAUUCUCCCAGUUGAAUCUAAGAAGUUCUAAGUUAAAUUCAAAGUUUGUUCCAACAAGUAAGUUUUCAUAUUUAAACUGUGACGAAUUAUUAUUAUUUCUCACUUUGUUAAUUGCCUUUUAUUGCUCAUUUAUUGAAGUGUGUUAUUAUAAGACUGUAGUGUGUUGAUGUGCAAUAUUCAAAGGUUAAGCUAAGGGAAGCAAAGAGAUUAGUUUUGCAUUUAAUUUUAUUUCAUAUUUGCACACAUUAGACAACAGAAUACAGUUUAAUCAAAUACAUCACAUGCAUUUAAUAUGUCACACUCAAAGGAAAUCACCUUUCUUCCUACUGAAGAGGUCACUCAUGGAGACUUUCAAGAAGAUAGUGACGCAGAAAGGACUACCCUAUCACAGCAAGCUGACGCUGAUGAGCAAGUUGAAGACACAUCGCAGGCCACACAAUCUCAGGUUGGUGUGGAUGACACACAAAUGAUUCCUGGAAUUAGGAAAUCUGGACGCAUACAAAAGCUCACUGAAAAGGGCAAAGCUCUGUUAGAUGACAAAUUGAAAGAUCUAACUGUAAGUUUUGUAAAGAUGUACAGAAGAUGGAAGUAUCAUAUCAAUGGCUUAAAACGGUCCAUUAAGAAUAAUGAUGCUGAUGAUCUGAUUGAGGAGAUUGUAAAUGCAAUCAAUACCGCACAAGUGGACAUGGACAUUACUUACCUCAAAAUAAGAGCAAUUUCAACUCCUGAACCAGACAUUCGGAGAAUGAAUGACACAUGCCAGGCAUUUACUAGGAUUGCAAAUACAAAUGUUCAACAUUUCCGCAGUGAUGAUGAUACACAAAUCAUAACUUGGCCUGAUGCUAAAUCAGUAUUUGAAAGCACAGUGUCUAGUGGUUCCUCCGUUCAAACCGCUAAGUCAAAGGUUCCUUCCCAAGUAUCCAGACACUCUUCUAUCCUGUCCCUUAAUGCAAAACAGGCGGCAGCCGAAGUUGUGGCUACGCAAGAAAUGAUGAAGAUAACAAAUGCACAACAUCAGCAGAAGGAAGAAAUUCAAAGACUUGAGGUGGAAGAUCAAAUCUUGAAGGCUGAAAGAGAAGCUAUAGAAAAGGAAAUUGAAGCAGAGAGUGCUAAAAAAAGAGCUCAGUUCAUAGCAGAAAGUGCUGAUAGAAAAAUGAAGCUGGAAGGAAAAAAGAGAGAAGUACAAAGGCUAGAAGAACUUAAAGGGCAUGUUGCGGCUCAAGCAAGACUGCAGGUUUAUUCAGAAUCUGUCGAUCCACCACUAGCACUUAACCCUUUAAUGGAUCAAUUUUUUCCCUCUCAAGCACCAGUCUCACAAGCUCUACUUGCGCAACAAGCCAAGCCCAGUCAAGUCCAGCACCCUCAUGAGGUUACAGCCACUAAAUCCCCUCUCCUAUAUCCCUCCAUGUACACCUCAUGUUCUGUUCCACAGCCAACCACUCAAGCCUUUUUAACCUCUCAUGAAGCUACCAAUGACCUUGUGAGAACUCUUGCUGAAGCAAUCACAGCUAAUCGAGUUCCAAUCCCAGAACCUGAAGUUUUCAAAGGAGAUCCUCUCAAGUACAAUGAUUGGAAGCUUUCCUUCUUUACUCUGAUUGAGCGCAAGAACCUGCUAGCUCAAGAAAAGCUCUUCUUUCUACGCAAGUACGUUGGUGGCCCAGCCAAGAAAGCUAUUGAAGGCCAUUUCCUUGUAGGAACAGAAACCGCUUAUCGUGCUGCCUGGGACAUACUUGAAGACAGAUUUGGUAAUCCAUUCAUAGUUGCCAAGUCAUACCGUGACAAGAUACAUACAUGGCAUAAAAUUGCCCCCAAGGAUAGCGAAAAUCUUCGUGAGUUUGUUGAUUUUCUGAGCAGUGUGGAAUCAGCUAUGCCAUAUGUUCAAGGUCUACAAACUCUCAACGACUGUGUGGAAAACCAAAGGAUUACUGUCAAGCUCCCGGAUUGGUUGAGCUCACGCUGGAAUAGAGAAGCAACAAUCUAUCAGGAUGGACACAAAAUGUUCCCGGACUUUAGAUAUUUUGUAAGAUUUCUCAAUAUGGAGUCUCGUAUUGCAUGCAACCCCAUCACAUCAUUGUAUGCUGUGAAGUCAACUGACCAAGAAAGAUCAAAGCCAACAGAACGAGAACAGUCUAAGUAUCAACGAAAUCAAAACUUUAGUGCUAAGACUUUCACCACUAAUACAAUUGAGAAGACAAGCAGCACAUGCAUGUUUUGUAAGAAGAAAGGCCAUACUCUCCAUAGGUGUCUCAAGAUUAGGGAAAAACCUGUUGAAGAAAGAGUUAAGUUUGUACAACUGGAGAAAUUGUGUUUUGGCUGCCUUAGGAUAGGCCAUAACUCCAGAGCGUGUACAUCCAGGAGUGUGUGUGACUUAUGUGGAAAACAUCACCCUACUUGCCUACAUCAAGAUCGUGGGAAGAAAAACCAAGAACAAGCUGUAAGAAUAAAACCAGAAAGGCCAAAUGAAAACGGAGGACACACCAACCAACAGUCUGAAUCAAUUGAAAUACAGCAAGCUACCUCUAACAGAGUUGUUCAAGAGAAAAGCAGCACUCACACUUCAUCUAUUGUUCCAGUCUAUGUCUCCACGGCAAUGGAACCAGACAAGGAAGUUUUAGUGUAUGCGUUACUUGAUAGUCAGAGUGACACAACCUUCAUCCUGAAGGAUGCAGCUGUUACAUUGGGUGCCAGGAAAGAGUCAGUAAAACUUAAAGUGUCCACAAUAACAUCAAAAACAAAAGUGGUGAAUAGCCAAAGGGUGCAAGGACUACAGGUAAGAGGCAUCAGCUCUGACACUAAAAUCAAACUCCCAACAACUUAUACCAGAGAUUACAUACCAGCAAACAGAUCCCAUAUACCCACAAGAACUACCGCAAAGUCUUGGCCUCACUUAGAACAUUUGGCAGAUGAAAUGUCUCCUGAGCUUGAUUGUGAAGUGGGAUUGUUAAUCGGCUAUAACUGUCCACAAGCCUUACUUCCCAGAGAUGUCAUCUCGGGCAAUGAAACCCAGCCAUAUGCACAAAAGUCUGUGUUGGGUUGGAGCAUUAUCGGCUACAGCAGCACUGGUGUGGAUUAUGAUCAUGAGGAUGAAAUCGGUGUGAGCCACCGUAUCAUCAUAAAGAAAGUUCAGCCAGCUACCAAGGCUUUUACUGAGCUCAAGUCUGAGGUACAUUUUGUUUAUAGAACUCAAGUCAAGGAAAUGAUCACUCCAGCAGAUAUACUCAAGGUCUUUGAGGCAGAUUUUACUGAGAAGUUCAGUGAAGAAGUUCUAAUAUCACAAGGAGAUAUUAAGUUCUUGGUGAAGCUGAAAGAAGGAAUCAAGCAAAAGCCAAAUGGACAUUACGAAAUGCCAUUGCCUUUUAAGGAAGAGAAACCAAGCCUGCCAAACAACAAAGUGUGUGCACAACAUCGACUCAGAUGUCUGGGAAAACGUCUUAAGAAAGAUAAUCAAUAUCACAAGGAUUAUGUGGCUUUUAUGGAGGACAUCAUAACAAGAGGUGAUGCUGAAAAGGUUCCAGAGUCAGAGUUAAACGAUCGGACCACGUGGUAUAUCCCUCACCAUGGGGUUUAUCAUCCCCAAAAGCCAGGAAAGAUUCGUGUGGUAUUUGAUUGCUCGGCUAAGUUUCAGAAUACAUCGCUGAAUGAGCAUCUACUCACCGGGCCAGACCUUACAAAUACCCUUGUAGGGGUCUUGUGUCGCUUCCGCAAAGGACGAGUAGCCAUCAUGUGUGAUGUAGAGCGGAUGUUCCAUCAAUUUCAUGUCGCACCAAGUGACCAAGACUAUCUCAGAUUCCUGUGGUGGGAAAGAGGCGAUAUGGAGGCUCCACCUUCAGUGUUCCGCAUGAAGGUUCACUUGUUCGGUGCUGCAUCGUCACCUGGAUGCGCAAACUUUGGGCUCAAACACCUGGCUGCAGAAGGUGAAGGCAAGUUUAGUGAAGCUACAGUGAGGUUUAUUCAGCGCAAUUUUUAUGUUGAUGAUGGAUUAACAAGUUUGGACAGUGAAGAAGAAGCUAUCGAGCUUGUUAGAGAGGCAAGAGACCUCUGCAACACUGGUAAACUCCACUUACACAAAUUCAUUACCAGUAACAAGAAGGUGCUUGCCACAAUCCCAAAGCAAGAACUUGCAGAAGUUGUAGCUGACCUGGACAUGGCCUUGGGUGAGCACAAGAUGGAGCGGGCUCUCGGGGUCCAAUGGUGCAUUAGCUCAGAUAAGUUCCAGUUCAAAGUGAGGGUAAAGGAUCAUCCUUUCACCAGAAGAGGAGUAUUGUCAACAGUGGCCUCAAUUUUUGAUCCUCUUGGAUUUGUGGCACCUAUCAUUCUAAAAGGUAAACAGAUUCUACAAAGGAUGUGCCAAGACAAGGUGGGAUGGGAUGAGCAGCUUCCUGAUGAUCUCAGGCCGCGUUGGGAAGCGUGGCUCCAAGACCUUCAUAAUCUUUCAGUGGUAGAGAUACCACGGCACUACAUGCCAUUGGCAGCUAAGGAAGUUCAACAGUGUGAGCUUCACCAUUUUUCCGAUGCCAGUGUUUCCGGCUAUGGAAUGUGUUCUUACCUUAGGGUUGUUUCGAAGUCUGGAGAAGUCCAGUGUGCUCUUGUUAUGGCAAAGGCAAGGGUUGCACCGACAAAGUUAACAACGAUCCCAAGACUGGAACUCUCAGCUGCAGUCGUGGCCACAAGGUCGAGUGACCUGCUAAGGAGAGAAAUGGAGAUGGAAAAUCUACAGGAAUACUUUUGGACCGAUUCCAAGGUCGUCCUUGGUUACAUUAACAAUAAUGAAAGGCGAUUUCAUGUAUUCGUAGCCAAUCGGAUCCAGCAGAUCAAAUCGAGCACAGAACCAAGUCAAUGGCGAUAUGUUUGCUCAGAAAAUAACCCGGCUGACCAUGCCUCUCGCGGACUCAUGGCAAAGGAGCUUGUAGAGUCUAACUGGUUUACGGGACCUCGUUUCUUGUGGCAAAAGGACCUUCCUAAGGAGGAAGAGUUUAAGGUGAGAGAACUCAAUGAGGAUGACCCAGAAAUCAAAAGAGCACAAGUUCACACAACUGAAGCAAAUGAGGAAAAGUCCCUAUUAGACCGACUUCAGAAGUUUUCGGACUGGAAAAGAGUCGUAAGAGCCAUAGCAAGACUUAAGCGUCUUGCAAAGGAGGUGAAAGGUCUAAAAACAAGAUCCAAUGAAGUUACGACACUUGAAGAAAGAAUGGAGGCUGAACAAUUCAUAAUCCAUGCAGUUCAAGAAGAAGCGUUCAGUGAUGAAAUCAAGGCUCUUAAACAAAAGAAAGAGGUACAAAGGAACAAGUCAACCAAACUGCACAAGUUGAACCCUUUCAAGGACAGUCAAGAUAUCCUGAGGGUGGGAGGUAGAUUGACACAAGCAACACUCCAUCCUCAUGUCAAACACCCAGCUAUCCUCCCCAAAGGACAUCAUGUGUCUCGAUUGUUGAUAAAGCACUAUCAUGAGAAGGUGAAGCAUCAGGGUCGUGGAAUGACCAUCAAUGAAUUACGCUCCGGUGGGAUUUGGAUCAUGGGGUGUAGUAGUGAAGUUUCAUCACUCAUUUUCAAGUGCAUCAAAUGCAGAAAAUACAGAAAAUGUAAUCAAGAACAAAAAAUGGCCGACCUUCCCCCAGAGAGAAUGGAAGCUACCCCUCCAUUUACCUAUAGUGGUAUGGACUGUUUCGGACCAUUUUAUUGUAAAGAUGGAAGGAAAGAACUAAAGAGGUAUGGGCUUCUAUUCACCUGCAUGUGUUCACGUGCCAUCCACAUUGAGGUAUUGGAUGACCUUUCCACUGAUGCUUUCCUAAACGCGUUGCGCUGUUUUAUUGCUAUAAGAGGCAAUGUAAGUCAACUACGAAGUGACCAAGGCACAAACUUUGUGGGGGCACGCAAUGAAUUCCAAGAAUUAAUGAAAGGAAUGGAUCAAGAACGUGUGAAAGAGUUGGGAUGCAACUUCUUCAUGAACACACCUGCUUCCAGUCACAUGGGUGGGGUCUGGGAGAGGCAGAUUCGGACUGUGAGAAAUGUUCUCACAGCCAUUCUAGACCAGUCUUCUGGAAGAUUAGACAGCUCUUCAUUAAGAACAUUCCUGUAUGAAGUGAUGGCUAUAGUGAACAGUCGACCAUUGACCACGGAACAUCUUAAUGAUCCUUUAGGUCCUGAACCCCUAACUCCAAACCAUAUAUUGACAAUGAAGUCGUCAAUAAUCGCACCACCACCUGGUGAGUUUGUAAGGGAAGAUCUCUAUCUUCAGAAAAGAUGGAAGAGAGUUCAGUUCUUGUCUAAUGAAUUUUGGACCAGAUGGAGAAAGGAGUAUUUGCUGAAUCUGCAGCAGAGGAGCAAAUGGAACAAGGACAGGAGAAAUGCUAAAGUGAAUGACAUUGUCCUGUUGCAAGAUGAUGACGCACCAAGAAAUAAGUGGAAGCUGGCGAAGGUAGUUGAAGUCUUCCAAGGAUCUGACGGAAGAGUCAGAAAACUCAAACUGUUACUUAGUGACACAGCACUAGACAUUAGAGGCGCACGCUCACAUAAGCCAGUUUAUUUAGAAAGGUCAAUACACAAAACAGUACUACUGCUUGAGGCCGAAUAAGUAGCCUAGUUCUUCAUUGUUUUGUUUAUAUUUGAAUGUAUAUGCGUUUAUUUACAUCAUUGUUUUAGAAUGUUCUGUUUAGAAAGUCUAUUUUUGUGAUGUGAAUCACACAUUGUGUGAUGGUGGGAGUGUAAAUGCAGCCGGUAUUUUGAAUAUAUUUGAAAUACUCAUGUACUUUUAUUUUGACAUUCCGAAAACCGGAAGUAAGCCCCGUAACCAAAGCGCAGGGACCAAGCGCACAUGUAGCGAUUCAUGCUAGUUUAAUUCUUUAUACUCCCUGUUUCAACUGCGUAUAAGUUUAAGUAUAUUUGACUUUGAAGAUUGCUUCUGGGAAAUGACUCUGCCGUUGGUUGAGAAGCAGGCUAAAGUGGUCAGUAUUACUGUAUUCUUUAUUUGUCAUUUAUGUAUUGUUUUGCAAUAUUUGAUGUCUUUUAUUUUGUUUACUUGAACUUUUAGUUCUACGGUGUUAAAGUGUUAAUAAACAUCUGUGUAUGGAACC